AUGCACCUCCCCUUCCCGUCCAAAACAAUCGGCGACGGCUUCAAGAACUACCCAUCCAUGAGAGAUCCUACUGUCAUCGAUACUGUUGAGGAGACGUUGCGCAAAGAGGAGGCCCAAGGCUUCAUCAGGAAACUGAACGAGGGGGGGAUCCUCGAUCGCAACCGGAGCUUCGUCCCUCGAGGAGCCAUCCCAAAGAAAGAUGGUGGGGCGAGAGUGAUCGACGACUACCUCCGGG